AUGAGUGAGUUUUCAGUAAAAGGAGUUCGUAGUAUGAUUGACAAGGCGUUACUUCCAUAUAGUCUGAUCGCGACUAGAUGGAACAAACUUAUUCCUCGUAAAGUUAACAUUCUUGCAUGGCGGAUUCUUCUUGAUAGACUUCCUACCCGUUGUAAUCUUGCUAAGAAGGAUGUCGAUAUCCCUUCGGUUCUCUGCCCAUUGUGUAGUGGUUCGGCUGAAACUCGCGACCAUCUUUUUGGUGCGUGUGAGAUUGCUUCUAAUAUUUGGCAUUCGAUAUCUAAGUGGCUUCAAAUUUCUUCCUUUUCAAGUUUUGGACCUACUGAUAUCAUUGAGUUUGUUGAUAAUAUGCAACUUUCUUGGGAAAUUCCGAAAUGA